UCCUGCAGCGCCCCUAAACUGUCUCCUCUGAUAAAUGUGGCGAUACUAUAAAAAUUGAGAGCCCCGGGUACCUUACGUCUCCUGGUUAUCCUCAUUCUUAUCACCCAAGUGAAAAAUGCGAAUGGCUGAUUCAAGCUCCGGACCCAAACCAGAGAAUUAUGAUUAACUUCAACCCUCACUUUGAUUUGGAGGACAGAGACUGCAAAUAUGACUACGUGGAAGUCAUCGACGGAGAAAAUGAGAAUGGACGUUUAUGGGGAAAGUUCUGUGGAAAGAUUGCCCCUUCUCCUGUCGUGUCUUCAGGGCCAUUUCUUUUCAUCAAAUUUGUCUCUGACUACGAGACACAUGGUGCAGGAUUUUCCAUCCGUUAUGAAAUUUUCAAAAGAGGUCCCGAAUGUUCUCAGAACUACACAACACCUAGUGGAGUGAUAAAGUCCCCCGGAUUCCCUGAAAAAUACCCCAACAGCCUUGAAUGCACUUACAUUAUCUUUGCACCAAAGAUGUCAGAGAUUAUCUUGGAAUUUGAAAGCUUUGACCUGGAGCCUGAUUCAAAUCCUCCAGGGGGGAUGUUCUGUCGCUAUGACCGGCUAGAAAUCUGGGAUGGAUUCCCCGAUGUUGGCCCUCACAUUGGGCGUUACUGUGGACAGAAAACACCAGGUCGAAUCCGUUCCUCAUCGGGCAUUCUGUCCAUGGUUUUUUAUACUGACAGUGCCAUAGCAAAAGAAGGCUUCUCAGCAAACUACAGUGUCUUACAGAGCAGCGUCUCAGAAGAUUUCAAAUGUAUGGAACCUCUGGGCAUGGAAUCAGGAGAGAUUCAUUCUGACCAGAUCACAGCUUCUUCCCAGUAUAGCACCAACUGGUCUGCAGAGCGCUCUCGCCUGAACUACCCUGAGAAUGGGUGGACUCCUGGAGAAGAUUCCUACAGAGAGUGGAUACAGGUCGACUUGGGCCUCUUGCGUUUUGUCACUGCUGUUGGGACACAGGGUGCCAUUUCAAAGGAAACCAAGAAGAAAUAUUAUGUCAAGACUUACAGAAUAGACAUUAGCUCCAAUGGGGAAGACUGGAUCACCAUAAAAGAAGGAAAUAAACCUGUUGUCGACUUGGGCCUCUUGCGUUUUGUCACUGCUGUUGGGACACAGGGUGCCAUUUCAAAGGAAACCAAGAAGAAAUAUUAUGUCAAGACUUACAGAAUAGACAUUAGCUCCAAUGGGGAAGACUGGAUCACCAUAAAAGAAGGAAAUAAACCUGUU